AUGAACAAACACUUUUUACCCGCCAAUUCUUCUCAAUUGGUUCCCAACUGCCUCAAAGGUUUACUCACCGAGAAUGACAACUUGUCCCUUUUAGAAAAAGAGAAAGUGAUCUUCAACAACCAGUUCGAUAGCAAAAAGGUCUCGUUGAUUGGUGGAGGAGGUUCAGGACAUGAACCAGGAUGGUCUGGAUUAGUUGGCACUGGUAUGUUAACAAGUGCAGCUCAAGGUGAAGUGUUCGCUUGCUCCAAUUGCAACAACAUUUUGGCUGCCGAGAAGGUGACUCAUUCCGAUGCCGGUGUCAUUUUUAUUAUCACCAAUUAUACUGGCGAUAACUUGUACUUUGGAAUGGCAACCCAAGAAUUAAUUUCCAGAUUUGGAGACGAUAAGGUCAAACUUUUGAAAGUUGCGGACGAUGUUGCUGUCGGAAGACAAAAGGGUGCUAAAGUUGGCCGCCGUACAUUAGCCGGUUACACCUUGGUGUCUAAAAUUAUGGGUGCUGCUAGCAAUCUUGGUUACUCGAUUGACUUUAUUUAUCAGAUUGGAUCUUGUGUUGCCAAAAACAUUGCUUCAAUAAAUGCUGGUUUGGAUCAUGUUCAUAUACCUGGGCAUUCGACUGAAGGGGACUACGGUAAGCUCAAUGCAAACCAAAUUGAAAUAGGUCUAGGAAUUCACAACGAACCAGGGGUGCUCAAAUUGAAUUUUAUCCCAACAAACGAAGAGUUGGUAUCUGUAUUAUUGAAAUAUAUUCUUGAUGAAACCGAUGUGGAUCGGGGCUUCUUCAACUAUGAUGAAGACGACGAAAUAGUUCUUCUAUUUAAUAAUCUUGGAGGAAUUCCAAUUAUUGAGGAAAAAGGGUUGUUAUUCACAGUUGUUGAGGCUCUUGAGACAAAUUACAAUAUUUCCCCAUCUAGGGUUUACUCAGGACCUUUUCUUACUUCCUUAAACGCACCAAUCUUUACUAUAUCCUUAUUCAACGUUACUAAGGCUGCUGGAAAGGAAUUCGGUACCACACUUUUAUUUGAUUUACUUGAUCACCCAACAGUUGCAAGUGGUUGGGCACGCUCACAUUAUAGUAAUCCUGGAAGAAGCACCUACAAGAGUAGAAUUAUUAAGGAUUUUAAAGGAUACGAAGAAAUGGAAACUUCGUCCCACGUUGACGUUAGAAUUGAUCAAGCUUUGCUUAAAAGAAUUAUUAAGACUUCUGCUAAAAAUGUAAUCGACAGGGAGCCUGACAUCACUGUUUGGGAUACUAAAAUGGGUGAUGGAGAUUGUGGCAAGACUUUGGAGACAGGAGCAAAUGCUGUGAUUCAAGCUUUGGAAAGAGGUGCUUUUGAAGAUGGGUCUGUUAUAAAUGCAAUACAAGUAGUAUUGAAAAUUAUCAAAGAGGACAUGGGAGGUACAUUAGGUGCCAUUUUGUUCAUCUUUGUAAGAGGAUUCCUUAAUAAUUUUGAGAAGUUGAUCGAAAUCACAGAUUCAGUUAACACGUUUACAUAUUCCGAAGCUUUGAAAAAAGCUACUGAAGUAUUGAACAAAUUUUCCACCGCCAGAAUAGGCGACAGAACUAUAAUGGACGUUUUAGUUCCUUUUGUUGAGGAAUUUUACAAAACCCAUGAUAUUGAGUUGGCCAUUUCAGUGGCCCAAGAGGCCGCUGAAAACACCAGAAAACUAACUCCAAAGUUAGGAAGAGCCACAUACGUUGGAAUUGAUGAUCAAACUGAAUUUCCUCCAGACCCAGGUGCUUACGGCGUCUAUGAAAUUAUUAGAGCUUUUCAAUUAAUUAAUCAUUGA